AUGUUAAAGUUUUUGUCUCUUCUUCUGCUUCUAUUAAUUCAUGCUGAUGGAAAAAGUACUUCAGAUUCAUCCAAAGACUUAAUAAACUCAAACCUUGACUCUAGCUCAAUCGACGAAGGCCGUAAAAGUAUCUAUCAUCCAGCCCAAGAAAGCACUGCUCGUCAAAAGGAUAACAAUGCUGGAGCGAUUGAAACCAUAAGAGGAGAAACUUCUUCUGAUUUAUAA